UAAACAUCAUCUGUUGAGAUGGACUCUGACGCUGGCUCCAACUCCAGUCGCUCCUCAUCUCCAGAUCUCGUGGUGGAUGACUCCAUGGGCAGCUUCUUCUCCAACAAGAUGUUCCAAGCCUACUGCCGGGAGGAGGGGGCAGCCAGGGCUGCUGGGCAGGGCAGGACUGACCGCUGUGCUGGGGGAGGCAAGAGCAAGACCCUCAAAGAGGGUGACGUGCAGGACCUGAGGCUGAAGGUGAACGGCAGAGAGAGGAAGAGGAUGCACGACCUGAACCAGGCCAUGGACGGCCUGAGGGAGGUCAUGCCCUAUGCCCAAGGGCCCUCCGUCCGCAAGCUCUCCAAGAUCUCCACCCUGAUGUUGGCCCGUAACUACAUCCUCAUGCUGUCCAGCUCCCUGGAGGAGAUGAAGAAGCUGGUGGGGGACGUGUAUGGAGGUGGUGGUUCCCAGAGUCGCACUAGCCACCGCCGGAUCAACCCUCCGGCCCCCACAGCUCACCUCCCCCUACACCCCCUGGCCCAGUCCCUGCACUCCCUGGUGGGUAGCACGGCCUCGGCUCUCCACCACCCUUCGCCUCUCCCGGUUCCAGCCCCACACUCACCACCCUCUGCGAGCUACCUGGGCUUCCACCAUGCACCCGUACAGAGCCUGCUGAAAGACCCUCUCCACCUAGCCAGCUCCUACAGGCACUUUCCUGGUAUGCCCUGUCCCUGCUCGCUCUGCCAACCUCUACCAACCACCGCAUCCACCCUGCAUAGCUUUUCCAUGGGCAAGUGAGCAGGUGACAUCCAGGACUGAGCUCUGUAGUUGAGGCCCAGUGCCCACCCCAGUAGUGGACUGAGGACUGAGAUAAAUUGUUGGUUGAACUGUAAAAAAACAUUGGUAGCCCCCAGGACCUGUACAUAUUUUGUAUAUAUCUUCUAUUGAGUAUUC